GACCCGAUCGGAUAGCGUAGCGCCCAUUGUGCCUGCCAUAUUGACGAGCGUUGCCUGAAAAGGGAGGGCACAGUCGCGAAGAUUCGAGGAGAUUCCACUGCCUUCGACAGACGAGCAUCCUUUUAUCGCCUUCUCUCCUCCCCCGCCCUCCUCACCUUCCCUGCCCGUACCCGUCCAAGCCACUCACAGUCCCCCCAGCUCAUCCUCCCCUUCAGUCCUCUGUCCACACCAUGGUCAAGGAAACCAAGUACUACGACCUCCUCGAGGUCUCGCCCGACGCUUCCGAAGCCGAUCUCAAAAAGGCCUACCGCAAAAAGGCGCUACGGCUGCAUCCAGACAAGGGCGGUGACCCAGAACUCUUCAAAGAAGUGACCCACGCAUACGAAAUCCUGUCAGAUCCCCAGAAGCGAAGUGUAUACGAUGCGCGCGGAGAGGCUGGCCUCACCGAUGCUGGCGGCAUGGGUGGCAUGGACCCCCAAGACCUCUUCAGCCAACUCUUCGGCGGCGGCGCAUUCUUCGGAGGCGGAGGCCCUACGCGCUCGCAAGGCCCGCGCAAGACAAAAGACCUCGUCCACCGCGUGCACGUCACGCUCGAGGACCUCUACAAGGGCAAGACCACCAAGCUCGCGCUCACCCGCAACGUCAUCUGCGCCAAGUGCAGCGGCAAGGGCGGCAAGGAUGGCGCUGUACGCCAGUGCAACUCGUGCUCCGGCCGCGGCAUCAAGGUUACGCUCCGCCAGAUGGGCCCGAUGAUCCAGCAGCUCCAACAGCCCUGCGACGAGUGCAGCGGCACGGGCGAGAUCAUCAACCACAAGGACAAGUGCAAGACCUGCAACGGCCGCAAGGUCGUCUCGGAGAAGAAGAUGCUCGAGGUCCACAUCGACAAGGGCAUGCGCGGCGGCCAGACGAUCACCUUCCGCGGAGAGAGCGAUCAGGCGCCAGGAGUCACGCCCGGAGAUGUCAUCAUUGUCAUCGAGGAGAAGCCGCACGAGAGGUUCAAGCGGCAAGAGAACGACCUGUUCUACGAGCAAGAGGUCGAUCUCUUGACGGCGUUGGGCGGUGGUCAAUUCGCUAUCAGGCAUCUAGACGACCGCGCGCUCAUCGUCAACAUUGCGCCUGGCGAGGUUUUGAAGCACGACGAGCUGAAGGUGAUUCGCGGUCAGGGCAUGCCCUCACAACGACACCACGAGCCCGGGGAUCUCUUCGUCAGGAUAUCCGUCAAAUUCCCCGACAGCAUCAACCCCGAGGUUAUUCCUCUGCUCGAGCAAGCAUUGCCUCCCCGUGAGCCUCUGGAGAAGUUCCCACCAUCCAUCCACCUCGAAGAGGUUGAGCUGGAUGAGGUCGAUGCACGACAGCGGGAGCGAGCGGCGGGUGAGGACGCGAUGGACGAAGACGACGAACAUCCACGCGUCCAGUGCGCGAACCAGUAGUGUCCUGGAGUCGCGCGGGAUGCUUGGAUCAUGGACAUCAUAUCUCCACACGCUGCUCCGUGGUGGCAUUGUAUUACUGAUAGAAGCGGCCGUGGAGACGAGGAGGAGUAGUGUGUAUCGAUUACUGUUGCAUUGUCUACCGCAUUCGCUUUGCACCUCAUUCAUAGUUUACGUCACCUAGUAGCAUCACUCGCUAGAUGUUGCGACAGCACAUUGUUCUGAUAGCAUGGGUUCUUGGUCUCUCGUGUGUUUUGCGCGUGUCGAGGGAGCGAAAGAAAGAUUUGAAUGGCGAGGAUGCGAGACGCGCCUGGCACGUGAACGCGAACUUGAACCGCCACCGCCGUCGUUGGCCUCGUUCUGACCUCACCGCGACCCCGCUCUCUGCCCCUCCCCACAGCCAUCCCCAACCCUGUCUUUGCUCCGACCUGCUCUGCGAUCGCUGCUGGCCUAAGCUGUAAUCGCACGACACGCCUUUCCGCCUUGACAUCAAACACGCCCCCCAUGGCCACCCCGUACAAUCCCAGCGAAUCUUCAGGACCUCCGCGCAGGCCAGACAUGAAGCGCAAGCUCGUCGUCGUCGGUGACGGUACGCGUUCAUCUCAGCAUCCUGCCUUCGCCCCCACCUAAACGUUCGCUCGCGAAGGUGGUUGCGGGAAGACGUGCUUGCUCAUCGUGUACGCGGAGAACAGGUUCCCAGAAGUGAGUGACGAAUUCUACCGCCCCCUCUCGCCCUGUCGUAUUCAUCACGGCUGCAGG